UCCAGUUCCCAUAGCCCUAUGGGUUCUUGUUUCUGCUUUAGGUAGCUUAUACGGAAUACUCCGUAUGUUCAUUUAGGAACCGGUUUGACCGUUCCAGUUCUAGACCCUAGAAUUUUGACCAGUUAUGCUCACCCCCGGUAAGAACAUCUCCACUACGAAGGUUAGACAUUCUGUAUUUCUGUUGUGAGUUGCAACAAUGGAGAACGAAAUGGAAAUUGAUGAUUCCCACUCUAAACAUCGUAAAGAAGAAAAAGAAGGAAAUGGGAAAGCUUUAGUAGUGAUAAUGGUUGGCCCACCUGGCAGCGGCAAGUCGACCUUCUGUGACCUUGUUAUGGGCGCCUCCUCUCGUCCCUGGGCUCGAAUCUGCCAGGACACUAUUAAUAAUGGUAAAUCUGGAACCAGAGCUAAAUGUCUAAGCAGUGCAAUUGCUGCGUUGAAAGACAAAAAAAGCGUAUUCAUUGACAGAUGCAACCUGGAUAAAGAACAGCGUGCCGAUUUUGUGAAGCUUGGCAGCCCUGAAGUGGACGUGCAUGCUGUAGUGCUUGAUCUGCCUGCUAAGCUCUGUAUUUCAAGAUCCGUUAAACGUACAGGGCAUGAAGGGAAUUUGCAGGGUGGAAAAGCUGCUGCAGUUGUGAAUAGAAUGCUUCAAAAAAAGGAAUUGCCAAAGCUAAAUGAAGGAUAUUCUCGAAUCACUAUCUGCCCGAGUGAGAGCGAUGUAGAAGAUGCUAUUACAACAUAUAGCAGGCUUAGUUCACAGGAUACUCUCCCCUCAGGUUGCUUUGGUCAGAAGAGCUCGGAUGCUAAGAUCCAGGUUGGUAUAAUGAAGUUUUUGAAAAAAGUAGAUCCUCCUGGUUCGGGUUCGGGUUCAAGUAUGACUCCCAACUCUUCCCCUAGUCUACCAGUAAAAGAACCAAAAGUCCGCAGUGAAGGAUCCAAACCAGAAUCCUUUGGAGGUGUCAGUAAUGAGGGGGAGAAGGAAGAUCCUAUGGCUGUGGAGUCUGUUGCUGACACUGUGGCUUUGACGAACUCCAAGGAUGAUUCUGCUUCCUUGGACACAACUGACACCCUUGCUUUCCCUUCGAUUUCAACUGCGGACUUUCAGUUUGACCACGAGAAGGCAUCUGAUAUUAUUGUUGAGAAAGUAGAGGAAUAUAUAAGUAAGUUGAGGAAUGCAAGACUUGUUUUGGUGGAUCUGACUCAUAAAUCAAAGAUUCUGUCUUUGGUUAAGUCUAAAGCUGCACAAAGAAACAUCAAUCCUGAAAAGUUCUCCACAUUUGUGGGAGAUAUCACUUGUCUGUAUUCUAAAGGAGGCAUGCGCUGCAAUGUAAUUGCCAAUGCUGCUAACUGGCGACUCAAACCUGGAGGUGGGGGCGUGAAUGCUGCCAUAUUUAGUGCUGCAGGCCCAAGUCUAGAGGUUGCAACCAAAGAGAGAGCCAACACUCUUGCUCCAGGAAAGGCUGCAGUCAUUCCUGUCCCUGCGGAUUCACCUUUGUUUAUUAGGGAAGGAGUCACACAUGUGAUUCAUGUUGUUGGACCAAAUAUGAAUCCCCAAAGACCAAAUUGUUUGAAAAAUAACUACGAUGAGGGCUGUAAAAUCCUUCGCGAGGCUUACUCGUCACUCUUUGAAGGUUUUGUAUCUAUUCUUAAGAGGUCUGAAGUGCAAAACCACAGAGGAAAGAGAGGUAACAAUGCUUCUGAUCAGAAGAUGAAGAGAGAGAUUGUUCACGUUGAAGAAAGAAGUAAGAAGAACAAGGGACUCAAGUAUGAAGUUGGAUCUGGUAAUACUGAUUUGGAGCAACAAAACAAGUCAAAAAGCAAUGUUAACUCAUCUAAAGCAUGGGGAUCUUGGGCUCAGGCUUUAUACAGUUUAGCAAUGAAUCCCGAGAAACAUAAGAGCGACGUGCUAGAGACAACCAUUGAUGUUAUUGUCCUGAAUGAUAUUUACCCUAAGGCAAAAAGACACAUUCUUGUGCUCGCACGUUUGAAUGGUCUGGAUCGUCUUGAAGAUGUGUGCCAGGAACACCUUCAGCUAUUGAAAACAAUGCAUCAAGUGGGAAUGAACUGGACUGAGAGGCUCUUACUGGAGGAUGAUUCGCUAAUUUUCCGCCUUGGGUUUCAUUCGGUUCCAUCAAUGAGGCAAUUGCACCUGCAUGUGAUUAGUCAGGACUUCAACUCGCCGCAUUUAAAGAACAAAAAGCAUUGGAACUCCUUCAACACUGAAUUCUUCCGAGAUGCAGUUGAUGUGAUUGAGGAGGUUGAGAAAUUUGGAAAACCAUCAAUACAAGACGAGGGCCUUCUAUCAAAAGAGCUACGAUGCCAUCGCUGUAAGAGUGCUCAUCCUAAUAUACCUCGUCUAAAAUCACAUAUAAACAACUGCAAAGCUCCAUUCCCUGCCACCCUUCUUCAAAACGGCCGUCUUGUGCAAGGAACAACGAAAACAGAUGCAGACUCGUAAAUAGAUAGAUAGAUAGAUAGAUAAUGCAGUUUCGGUACAUCAAUUUUGAUUUUGCUGUGUAUAUAUCGGUUAGUUAAUGUGAUUAGCUUUCAGACUUUAGUGAAUCUUGAAUUGUUGUGCACCUGAAGUCAUUGAUUUCUGUGUCAUUUUGUACAUCUUUUAUUCAAGGGAAAUUUACAUGAUAA